CUAUUUGUCUUUGUGUUUGGUUUGGUUCCGGAGAGAAGAACUUCGUUGACCUUCCCUUGAGUUUAAUUGGACUUGGAGGGUAAAAGGGAAGAAGAUCGUCGUAGCUCCCAGAUGUCGAUUAGAGGAGGAAUCGUUGGUUUCUCGCCGGUUUUGGCGGCGGUGCUGUUUCUGCUGACGGUUAAUCACGGCGAAGCGAUAUGGUUGACGAUUCCGCCGACGGGAGGGACGAAGUGCGUCUCGGAGGAGAUACAGAGCAACGUCGUCGUAUUGGCUGAUUACUACGUCGUCGAUGAGCAUAGUCCUGAAAACACACCGGCUAUUUCUUCUAAGGUAACAUCUCCUUAUGGGAACAAUCUGCAUCACCAAGACAAUGUAACGCAUGGUCAGUUUGCGUUCACUACUCAAGAAACUGGGAACUACUUGGCUUGUUUCUGGGUUGAUUCCACUCAUCAUCCGCAAGCUAAUCCACUAACCCUUGGGAUUGAUUGGAAGAUUGGUAUCGCGGCCAAAGAUUGGGACUCUGUAGCUAAAAAGGAAAAAAUCGAGGGUGUUGAGCUUCAGUUGAGGAGACUUGACGGGUUAGUGCAGUCGAUUCGUGAGAAUAUCAAUUAUAUAAAAGACAGGGAAGCGGAGAUGAGAGAAGUGAGUGAGACAACCAACUCAAGAGUGGCUUGGUUCAGUAUAAUGUCACUUGGGGUUUGCCUUUGCGUUGCGGGUUCACAGAUAUUGUACCUGAAGCGAUAUUUCGAGAAGAAGAAACUCAUUUAAAGACUUGGCCUGAAGGACUUACUAUAUAGAGUUAACACAUCCCCACUUUGAAAAGAGGGGAUAAGCAGAGUCAAUUGGUUUUAAAUGGAAGAACACAUUUUUUUUUUUUUUUCUGUGGAACAUUAUAUCGAUAGUUAGAGAUCCUUGAGUUUGUGCACAGAUCACUUUCUGUUAUGCGACAAUAUACCAAAGCAAUUAUCCUAGUAUUCAAAAUGUCAAAUGUUUA